AUGGAAUGCAGCAAUUCAACAGAAGACGCAAGUGAAACAUCUGGGUCGUUUGCAAUCGAUCCUGGAUGCUAUCACUUUGGCACCUGCCUUGCCCACGAGUGCGAGUCGAGGACUCAGCAAUUCCCGCUUGUUCUGCAAUGUGGCCUGGUGCGACGGUCCCUGCCGCUGCCAAUUGAGCCAGGCUGGAUUUUCCUGGACCGUUGUGCAGCUCCGCAUCUGUUCAUCAGGAGCAACGCCUGGUGCCAGAAUGAAAGUUGCAGUGACCACAUUGGUGCUGUGAGAUUCACUUACGCUGGAAGGUAUUGCUUCAGCUUUGAGACAGCAAACCGCACACCUACCACGGAGCGGCACUCACUUGUGAUGCUGCUGUACAUCGUGAUGAGUGUGGUGCUGGGAUGGAUUGGUGUGGCCCUGUGCCAAAAGGUCAGGAUGCUGCGAGGCGUCCACCGCGCACCAGCCCAGCUGGGAGCGGCUCAGAUUGCCGUGGUGCCGCAGCAGCAGCAGCGGGUGGUCAAGGAGUCUGGCCCCCUGCCCAUCUUGGUGGAGGACCCUGAGGGUCACAUGCAAUUUGGACUGCAGUGUGGGGCGCCUGGUGGAGAUGGGAACAGAAGUAGGGACAUCGAGAUGCAGUUACUGCCACUGACAACUGGACCAGACUCUUCCCUUGGGAGCCCCACAUUGGCUGAUCACACUCCGGGGGCAUCAACAUCCCAAGGCGAAAGCUGA